AUGGUGGGUCAGAGGGCCCUGAGCAGACCACUUAGCCUCCUGCAGCUGGCACCCCUCUGCCUUCUGCAUCCAGGGACCUCAGGGCAGCCCCAGGCAACCCCAGGAGUACCAGAGGAGGCCCCCUCCAUCCAAGGAGUGCGGGGCGGCUCCGUGGAGCUGGCCUGUGGCUCCCGGCCCGCCCCGGUGGUCUUCUGGAGCUUCGCCCCCCUGGGCCCACUGAUUCCGCAGCCUGUGGCCAUCACCAACAGAGUGGAGUCUAAGGUGGAGGCCGGGGCGUUGGCUCUGGGGGCCGUGAGUCUGCAGAACAGCAGCCUGGUGCUGGGGGAGCGGAAGGGGGCCCACGGCCACUUCCUGUGCCAGGCCCGACGCGAGGCCGGAGGCCAGCUCCACACCACCUACUCCUCCCUCGCUCUGGCCGUGCUGGUGCCCGUAUCAAAGCCUCAGGUGCAGCUGAGUGACCUGUCCCCAGUGGAGGGGACCUCCGUGGUGGCCACAUGUGCGGUGUGGGAGGUCACAGAGCCUGUGACCUUUGCCUGGUAGCAUCAGGCACCCGAGGCCCUGAGAGGCCCUGGAGAGGCCCUGGUAGGGGUCACGAAGCAUCUGAUCCAGCUGGACCCAGUCAAUCGGACACACCUGGGCUGGUACACGUGCACUGCCCACAACGCCAUCAACUGGCUGAGCAGUGAUGGAGCCUUCCUGGAUAUUAUCUAUGGUCCAGACGGUCCUGUGAUCCCCGUGGAGCUGCUGGGCUUCAGUGAGGAGGGGUUUGGGGCCAGUGAAAUGGAAGGGGUGACCCUGAGCUGCCUGGCUGCAGCCAGCGCCCCCAGCCGCUGUGUGUGGCUCCGUGACCACACUCAGGGCCAUGCUGGACCCACCUACAUCGUCGUCGGUGCCGGCCGCGCUCACACAGGCCUAUACACCUGCCCGGCCCGCAGCGGCUGCCCGGACACCCGCGCACAGAGCAGCGGCCAGCGCACCAUCUACUAUGCCCCUGAGGGGCAGCCCUCCUGUACUGUACUCCCCAUCCUUGGGGCACUGACUCUGGUCUGCGCCUGGCCUGCGGGGCUUCCGGCUGCCCAGCUGCAGUGGGACGGGCCCCAGGGAACUGGCCCUGCUGCCCUCAGCAAUGUCGCCUGGAGUCACGCGGCCACCCAGCUCCCCAGCGGCAGUGUCUUCACCUGCACCAGCCAGCACCCAGCCCCGGCUCUGCCUGCCCUCUGUGGGUCACGCCUUUGGGAGCCCCUCCGGAGUCCCACCUGCUGGACCAUGGCCACAAUCAGAGACCAGUUCCUCAUGCUGAGCUGUGAGCGGCCUGGAGGUGAGCGCCCUGCUGUGCCGAGCUGGUCUGAUGGACGGCAGCCGACCUCGGGUACCAGCAGCCGCUCCUCACUGGCCGCCCACCUCCUCCAGGCCCAGGACGACCUGGCUGGCAGAGAGUUCACAUGCCUGGGCAUUCACCCACUCGGGGUCCCCGACGCCCUCUGCCGGCUCCAGCUAGCCCCACAGCUGGCAGUGGCUGAGCCCCGGGUGUCAGCGCUGGAGGGGGGAGACGCCUGGCUGGGAUGUGCCCUCCUGGCGGGCACGCCACCUGCCCAGCUCCUCUGGCUGGGACUCCAGCAACGGCAGGUGGAACCAGGCACUUCGGGGUUCAUGCUGCACCCUGAGGGUGCCCAGCUGCGCCCGAGUGUCCGGGAUGCCCACCCAGCACGCCACAGUGGCACCUACCAGUGCAAGGCCUGAAAUGCCUUGGGCAACAGCAGUCGCAGCAUCCUGCUGCAGGUGCUGAGAUACCCAGCUACCCCCAACGUCACCACCGUCAGCCGCCUGACCUGCGGGAGACGCCAGAGCGAGGUGCAGCUGCCAUGGGCCGUCCGAGGCCCGGGGCCACGCAGAGCGUCUCUUCCUGGGGCUUGGGAGACCGCAGCUGGUGACAUCGAGCCGGAGAGCAGGGGCCGGCGGCCGGGGGGCUUGGACCCGGGGGUCCUCUACGCCUUCCACGUCCUGGCUCUGAAUCACCGCACAGCUGGACACCCCUCUGAGGUGAAGACACCAGGUGCCCCCCCCUUCAGCACCUAUCCUGCAGUGCUGGAUGCGGCAGGCACAGGAAUGGUAGUGGCAACGGUGGCCUCUCUGCUGGUGUUCCAGUAUGCUGCCCGGCACCUGGACACCUUCCCCGGCCUUGGGUGGUUGCUUGUUCCCAGGGAGCAAAGUCACCAAUAUCGGGGUUCAAGAGGUGGCCCUGAGGCAAUGACAGGCACUGAACCACCACCCACCACCCCAGGUUCGGAUCCUGCACAAGAAUCCACGGAGGCUCCAGUAAACGUCACCAUCACAGUGACUGCCACACCGUGA